AGAGAGCACAGCUUUCACUGCCUCUGAGCUCCUUCGGCUUUUUCCCCCCUUUUGCAUCUUGUUUCCCGGGAUACCUGCAACUCAAGGUCUAAGGUACAAAUUGCAAUCCUGUCCAUGCACUUGUCUCUAACACACCAGUGGGUCCUAUCUAAGGAAGCCUUUGACCUUGAGUCGUGAAACUGUCUCUCUGACCUUGGGGUGCACAUCCUGUCCGAGGAUGGAUGCCCUGAGACUGGCAAAUUCAGCUUUUGCUGUUGACUUGUUCAAACAACUAUGUGAAAGGGACCCAGCAGGAAACAUUCUCUUCUCUCCAAUAUGCCUCUCUACUUCUCUGUCCCUUGCGCAAGUGGGCACCAAAGGCGACACAGCAAAUGAAAUUGGACAGGUCCUUCAUUUUGAGAAUGUCAAAGAUGUACCCUUUGGGUUUCAAACAGUCACUUCUGAUGUUAAUAAGCUCAGUUCUUUUUACUCUUUGAAACUUGUCAAGCGACUCUACAUAGACAAAUCUCUGAACCCUUCUACAGAAUUUAUCAGUUCUACCAAAAGACCAUAUGCAAAAGAAUUGGAAACUGUUGACUUCAAAGACAAACUGGAAGAAACGAAAGGUCAAAUUAACAGCUCCAUUAAGGAGCUCACAGAUGGCCACUUUGAGGACAUUUUGUCAGAGAACAGUAUAAGUGACCAGACCAAAAUCCUUGUGGUUAAUGCUGCCUACUUUGUUGGAAAGUGGAUGAAGAAAUUUCCGGAAUCAGAAACAAAAGAAUGUCCUUUCAGAAUCAGCAAGACAGACACCAAACCCGUACAAAUGAUGAAUCUUGAGGCCACUUUCUGCUUGGGUAACAUUGAUGACAUCAGCUGUAAGAUCAUAGAACUUCCUUUCCAGAAUAAGCAUCUGAGUAUGCUCAUUGUGCUCCCCAAGGACGUGGAGGAUGAGUCCACAGGCCUGGAGAAGAUUGAACAGCAACUCAACCCAGAAACAUUGUUACAGUGGACCAACCCCAGUACCAUGGCCAAUGCCAAAGUCAAACUUUCCCUCCCAAAGUUUAAGGUAGAAAAGAUGAUUGAUCCCAAGGCUAGUCUGGAAAGCCUAGGGCUGAAAAGUCUCUUCAAUGAAAGUACAUCGGAUUUCUCUGGAAUGUCAGAGACCAAGGGAGUGUCCCUGUCAAAUGUGAUUCAUAGAGUAUGCCUAGAAAUAACCGAAGAUGGUGGUGAGUCCAUCGAGGUGCCAGGGUCCCGGAUCUUACAGCACAAGGAUGAAUUCAAUGCUGACCAUCCAUUUAUUUAUAUCAUUAGACACAACAAAACUCGAAACAUCAUUUUCUUUGGCAAAUUCUGUUCUCCUUAGCUGGCAGGGCCUUGCCAAGUCUCAGGGAACUUGUCUGUAGUCGCAGAGCUCUGUAAACUUUGUAUCCAGACAAUCACUUUCUAUACAAUAAAUUGUAAAUGUUGCUGAAUCAGGAAGCAGUCCACAUUUGUCAUAUGUAACCUUCACACUAACAGACACCCCUUUUCCUAAUUCUUCCUUGUUUUCCUUUGUCAAAGAAAACAGCGAAUACUUGUUGGGAAAGGGAAUCACUUUAGAAAAUAUGUGCUCUUCAUUUGUCAAAGCAUUCAGAGCUAUGGAUAAAAAUGCAGUCUUCAAGGGAGGAACUUCUAUAGGGAUGAUGUGGGGGACAUUAUUCUCAGGGCUCUGCAUUACUGAGAUAAAGAAUGUUCUAGAGAUCUCCACUUCCUUCAACUCUUAAGAACAAGAGUAUAGGGUUCACCAAGUACCUUUUUAAAGUGAAUUUGUGUACAUGUCACAAUACUGUAGGUCUAGAAGUCUCCAUGUUAAACCUUAAGAAACAGUUUUCUUCAAUAUCCUAAUUGGAGAUUAUAGAAAGAUGACAUGUUGUAAAUACUAUAUAUCAUGGAACUCCACAAAUAGCAUAUGGACUAUCACCCUAUCAACCAAUACCUUAAUAUUUGUUCCAUAAAUAUAGACUAUUCACACAAAACAAGUACAUAAAGAUAGUUCAUAAGUGAUCAAUUUUUUCCCUGAAAAAUGAGUAUGUUAUCAGCUCAUGGAAACACUUUGAAGAACAUUCUAGAUCUUGGAGUGUUGGAUAAAGAAUUCUGGGCCUAUUUUAGCUGAAGACUAAGACCCUAAGGGAAAGCUCAGCUUUUACAAAAGUUGGCUUUCAUUUUUCCUAGAUCUCCCAUGUGGUCAUUUGGGCAAUGUUGUUGCUGGCAGGCUUCUAACCAGAUCACAAGGUCCCUGACAUCUCCAGCGCCAGCAACUUAAAAUCUACAGGAAGUCUCGUGAUGCUAAGAGUUUUGUGGCCAUUAAAGGAACUUUCCUUUUUUGUCUAAUGCGGCAGUGGAGAAAGAGAAGGGAUCUCAAACCUUCAGAAAAUACAAGCAACACUAUUUAGGUACACAUAGUUCUUUGGCAUAUAUUUUCUCAGUUUACAAACCUAACGACUUCAGAUAACAGUGUGUAGUCUACAUAAAUAAUUUAUAAAAUGGUUCUGGUAAGUCAGUUAUGUUGCAACCUAAUUUUAAAGUUGCCACCAAAAGGAAGUAUUUGCUGCAGUUUUUCUUAUGUGUCUUUCCUUACCCAAUUUCUUGCCAUUUAUUGUAAAUAGGGUUUUUUUUUCCUCCAAAGGUUCAAUGGUGACUUCUUUUCUGUGCUAUUGAUAAUAAAAUAUUAUUGAAUUA